AUGGCGGACCAGUCAGCACCUUGGACUUGGGAUACGACAUCGAUAUACGACCUCUUAGUAGAAAUUGUUAACGAAUUUCUGGUCGCAAAAUUUGGAAAAUAUCAUUUCUACACAGAAGUAUGCUAUGUGCCUGUAACAGAUUUGAUUCACUGAAUCAAAUCUGUUACAGUGCCUUUGCGCAAGUACUGAUUCGUUUACUAAGUUUCAAUCCAGGCAACUGAUGGCGAUACAAUCCAGGCAACUGAUGGCGAUACAAUCCAGUUUUGGAUUCCUCGCAAGUUGACUAGGGUAAGCUGAUUCCCCCGAGGCUUUCCGUGGGGCUGCUAACCUUGCCACAAGAAGGAGAAGGCAGAUUUGAAAUCCAAAGGUCCACGCGCUGGAAAGUCCUAG